AAUACAAACCAAGGGUAUACCCAUCACAUAACUGCAUAUACAUAUAUAGACAUGUUGAGAAUAACCAGAACCUCCCGUUCAUUCUUGCGUUUCAAUUCCACCACUAGCGUGACCAAACCAGCCGGCGCCAAAUUGACUAAAACCGAGCUACAAUCCAAUGAAUUUGCCAAACAAGCCCCCAACAGAGAUACAACCUGGUCGGCCACCCAGGAGUCUAGACUGGAAAUAAUCAGCAAGUACCCAUUCCGUUUCAUUCAAAAAGAUUUGGAACAACAACCUAGACCCUAUGCUGCCAUUGAUUUAAUUGCUAAGGAACCAGUGAGAUACUUGGGCCACGGUGAAAAUAUUGCUGUUUGUGAUGGUAACAAGGGAAGCACCUUACAAGGACAUCCUAAGGUGUUUAUCAACUUGGACCAACCUAAACCUGCCACUUGUGGGUACUGUGGAUUGAGAUAUGCCAAGGAGGAAUUUAAGGAUUUGAUUGAGGCUCAAGAAAAGGCAUAGGUAAGGUGUGUAACUUGAAUUUAUAAUAUAUUACGAGAGAACAUGUAGAAGGCGUCGCUGUAGUAAACUCGAGCCAGGAGUUUUCGUCAAACCUCCAUAAAAGAAGGUCAUGUAGAAAUUGAGUUGCAAGACGCAUUAUCCUUCUAUUCUGUUUGGGUGAUGAUUAACUGGCAUAUAAUUCUUGCAUGGUCCCCACUGUUUACAUGCACCAUUCUCUUAACCAGAACAACGCUGGAGUUGUUUCCCACCAUGUCAGAAGAAGGAAUAACCAAA